GAACAUGGAGAACAUAAGAGCCACAGCCUUUGACGUGUUUGAUGAAGCACGUUUACUGGGAGAACACACUGACAUGAUCAUCAAGUCAAACGACAGAGAAUUUCAAGUGCACAAGAUCAUCAUGUGUGGCUGCAGCACCUACUUUAGGGCUCUUUUCUCCAACAACUGGAGCAGCCCACAACAUUUCUGUGAAAUUCCAGGAAUAUCCCAAGACAUCAUGCCUCUUAUUAUCCAGUAUGCGUACACAAGAUCUGUGCUCAUUACUCAAGAGAAUGUGGUGGAGCUCUUGGUGGCGGCUGAAAUGAUCUUAGUCUCAGGUCUUGUAGAUUCCUGCUGUCAGUUCCUGGAGUCACAUUUAUGCCCAGAGAACUGCAUUGGCAUCUGCAAGUUUACACAGGACUUUUUCUCCUGCUCAAAGCUCCGCUGUAAAGCAAAGCACUACAUCCUGCAGCACUUUGAGGAGGUUCUGCACGUAUCUGGGGAGUUCCUGGAGCUCUCCCUGGAAGAGCUUGAGGAGAUCAUUGAUGAGGAUGAGCUGAAUGUCAAACAGGAGGAGGUGGUUUUUGAAGCCGUCCUCCACUGGAUUAAUCAUGCACCAGCAAACAGGAGGCAACACAUUGCAGUGCUUUUGCCAAAGGUUCGAUUGGGGUUGAUAACAUCAGCCUACUUUAUCAAUAAUGUUAAGGGCAAUGCACUAGUGAUGGAGAAUCAAGCCUGCAUGCCUGUUAUCAUCAAUGCAAUGAAGACUUUGUUUGACCUCAACAUGGAUGAACCCACCAACUCAGAACUCAUGCAUCAACUGACACGUCCACGUCUGCCCUCAUCGAUCCUAUUGGCCAUCGGGGGAUGGAGCGACGGCAAUCCCACCAAUGAGAUUGAGGCAUAUGAUGUGAAGGCAGACUGCUGGGUCAGUGUGGCUCAAGAGGAUGAGCGUCCCAGAGCCUAUCAUGGUACAGCAGUCCUGGAUGAGUUUGUCUACUGUAUUGGUGGUUUUGAUGGUGUGGAGUAUUUCAACAGAGUGAGGAAAUUCAAUCUUAUCACUCAGACUUGGCAAGAGGUGGCCCCCAUGUAUGAACGCCGAUGCUAUAUUAGUGUUUCUGUUCUGGACGGGCUCAUUUAUGCCAUUGGAGGUUUUGAUGGACACCAACGGCUUAAAACAGUAGAGUGCUACGAUCCAAACACCAAUCAGUGGACAAUGAUGGCACCCAUGAAUGAACGGAGGAGUGACUCCAGCGCCACCUCACUGCAGGGCAGGAUUUAUAUCUGUGGUGGUUUUACUGGGAUCGAGUGUCUCUUCUCUGCUGAGAGCUUCAACCCUGAAACAAACCAGUGGACUCUCAUCGCUCCCAUGAGUACCCGCCGCAGUGGUGUUGGUGUGAUCGCUUAUGCAGAUCUAGUGUAUGCUGUUGGUGGUUUUGAUGGUGCCAGUCGUUUGCGGAGUGCGGAGGCCUACAAUCCGCUGACUAACAUUUGGCGUGACGUUGCAUCAAUGUACAAUCCACGCAGCAACUUUGGCAUUGAGGUGAGAUGUGGACAGGUAAUAUCUGUCUCGGCUAAAGACAUUAUCUGUACAUUAUUUAUUUUCCUUUUUAACUUCCUCAAAAUCCAGGUAGUUAAUGGUCAGUUGUUUGCUGUCGGAGGCUUUAAUGGAUUCAGCACCACCUCUGAUGUGGAGUGCUACGAUGAGAAGACAGAUGAAUGGUUUGAUGGAAAUGAAAUGGCCAUUUUCCGCAGUGCUCUGAGCUGUUGUGUAGCAUCAGGAUUGCCUAACAUGGCACAGUAUGCUGCCCUACGAGACACCGUACAGACACAAGACGAGUCUGACAGUGAAUGAUCUCCUUCUAGCAGAUCUGACAGUCUGACUACAAAUGGAGUGUCAUGUUUCCUGAAUAAAUGCAUUAAAAAAAGAGGUUGUAUUCUGAAUGUUAAACUUUCUCUCAGGUGUAGUGUUGUUCAUUUAAAAAAUGAAACCUUGCAAGGGAUCUUUACAGCUCAACAAACCAACAUAUACUAUU